UUGAUGAGAGCAGAGCAGUCUGAAAACUUUCUGAAAAAUGUCUCAUCGUAAAUUCUCCGCGCCACGCCAUGGCUCUAAGGCAUUUUACCCCAAGAAGAGGUCUUGCCAUCACCGCGGUAAAGUUAAGGCCUUCCCCAAGGAUGACCCAAGCAAGCCAGUACAUUUAACCUGCUUCAUUGGCUACAAAGCUGGUAUGACUCACAUUGUACGUGAAGCCGAUCGACCUAGAUCCAAAAUCAAUAAGAAAGAGGUUGUUGAAGCCGUAACCGUGUUGGAAACUCCACCAAUGAUUGUUGUUGGUGCUGUAGGUUGCAUUGAAACACCUUAUGGUCUUCGGGCUCUUGUAAAUGUAUGGGUUCAGCAUUUGUCAGAAGAGUGUCGUCGUCGCUUCUACAAGAACUGGUACAAAUCCAAGAAGAAGGCUUUCACCAAGGCCAGCAAGAAAUGGGAAGUUGACUUGGGCAAGAAGAGUAUUGAAAAUGACUUCCGCAAAAUGCUCCGUUACUGCAAAGUCAUCCGUGUUAUUGCACACUCGCAGAUUCGCCAAAAGAAGGCACACAUCAUGGAAAUCCAAUUGAACGGUGGCUGCAUUGAAGAUAAAGUUAAAUGGGUGCGUGAAAACUUGGAAAAACCCGUGCAGGUCAGCAAUGUCUUUGGACAGGAUGAGAUGAUUGAUUGUGUUGGUGUUACCAAGGGUAAAGGUUUCAAGGGUGUCACUGCUCGUUGGCACACAAAGAAAUUACCACGCAAGACGUGGUUUCCCCCAUUAUGGUGAAGUCACCAAUGAUUUCGUCAUAUUGAAGGGUUGCUGCAUUGGCUCCAAGAAGCGCGUGCUCACAUUGCGCAAGUCGCUAUUGAAGCAUACUAAGCGUUCUGCUUUGGAACAAAUC